UUGACGAAUGAGAGCAUUGAGCGGUUUCUCGAGUAUGAUUCCGAUGAGGAUGAGAUCGUUGGAGGCGCGGAGUCAGACAGCGAACCUGAUGAAAUCACUGACGACUUUCACCACGAUGAAUCUUCGUCAGAUUCAGAAGAUAAUCAGACUUUAGCCAGCUUACAAGCGAGGACGAGUAAUCUUCUAAAAGCGUUCGAACUGCCCACAAGAUUAUAUGGUGCAAACAGAUACAAGUGGAGUGGCGAAACUCCGCAAUUCUCGGGACGUACUCCAAGACGAAAUAUAAUAUUGCACCCUCCCGGUAAUAAAGGACCUGCUAAACAAAUUUCUACAUGUUUAGAGGCUUGGUCUUUAUUUUUUGAUGAAGAUGUACUAGGACGUAUCGUGUCUUUUACUAAUGCUGAAAUCACAUUACAACGUCAAUAUUAUAACAGCGAUAGACAGAAUUACGAUUUAGACGAAGGUCCUGGAAAUGUUAGACCAUCUUGCACGCGGGAUACUUUAAUUUCUGAAAUAAAAGCCCUGAUAGGUUUAUAUUAUUUGUCUGGAGUUUUGAAGACGAAUGCUGUCACAGUAAAAGAGCUAUUCGACAAUGACACUGGAACACCAUAUUUCAGAGCUACUAUGUCGGGGUCUCGAUUUGAGUUCCUUACGAAGUGUUUACGUUUCGAUGAUAAAAAUACAUGA